CUUGCUGGGGUAGUAGCAAGCUCAGAACUCGGAACGUACGCGAAGGUUCCACACUGUUCCACUCACACGGGAGAUGUUCCGCCCUACAUAGCGCCACAGGACGGACGACAUGAUUCACCAUCGACGCGUCGCACAGCCGGAAGGGGGGUCCGACACGCAGUCGGCCAGUCGGCCACACCAUUCCCCCCGGAGAGGUGCAGGCGCGAGCAGUUCUAGCUUUGCUGGGAGAACAAGAACCGCGGUAACAGAGCAUGGUAUCCCUCACGGUGCUACGCAUACUGCCGUGGACGGCAAUCGACCCGCACCAGCAGUCGAAUUGGCAGAGGGACACUGCUGUUCAGCACCUGCCAAUGAGCCUGCAGGCGGCACGUCCGGAGCAGGUGAUGGUGUACAUCGAGAACGAUACUGGCCCAAUGGGAGGCGUCUGGUUGGGAAGACGAUCCUAGGGACUCUAGCCGCAGGCACGUUGACGCUCUUGGUAGCCAGUGACGGGCUCACCACCAUGCUCGGUUCAUCGGCCAAGAGCCCGCGGCCGCUCUCCCACCGGCAUCGAACGGUGUUUGAUAGUGCUGCCCAACAGACUGGCCGCUAUGACUACGGCGGUAGGGACGCUACCGGCCGUGGUGCCGGGGGCGCCGCGGGGACGGCGGCAUGGAUAGAGACCGUAGCGGGGUGCACGGGCCCCGAGGACGGGUUCGUCUACGGCGGCGAGGCCGGCAGCGUGCUGACGUUCGUGCGGAAGGGGAGAGAAGACGGCGGCGACAGCGGCGUAGCUGCUGCUGCUGCUGCUGCUGGACACCCUUCCCUGCCCCAGGUGCUAAGGUGGUUCUGGAAUUUGAAGCACGAGCGAGGGGUGUUGGCGUACGAAGUCGCCGAGCUGAACGAGCGACGAGAUGUCGGGCAGGAAACCGGGUGGGAAGUGGUGUUCGCGUCGAAUGUUGGGCGGCAUAAACCCUUCCCGCCAGCUGGUCCCGCCGAGUCUCCCUGGGACCCAUACGCGUUCAACUUCUACAAGGCCAGCCCGUUAGAGUUCGUGCUUUCCUACACGCCGAGCUUCCGGUACGAACGAGAAAUAGCAGCAGCCGCCGCCGCCGCUGGGCGGAGAACACAGGCAGAAGACAACGGCGGGGUGUUGGUCGAAGCAGACGUAGAAGCGGCAGGUUCAGCGGCAGCGAAAGCAGCGAGAGGAUCAGCAGCGGUGGGAGAAGGCAAGACGGUAACGAUUACCUCCGCCCGACGCGGUGGCGGGGUCGGUUUGCAGAUGAAUGUGGACGGCGUUGCGCCUGCGGUGGGGUGCGGGGAAGCCUCGACUGCGUCUCCUCCGCAGGACGCGGUCUUGGUUAACAUCCGGCCUGUCGGUCCCGUGAGCCUUCUCUUGACGCCCGGGUACCCCCACUCGCACAACCAGCGUGCGACCGCGUAUUCGUUGGCAGUUGCCAUAGACUUUGCCGAGGCGCUGAGGGUGGACCCUGGGUUCCGUCUGGGCUUCAACAGCGCGGGCUCGUCGGCCUCAGUGAACCACCUCCACUUUCAGGCAGCCGGCUGCUGGUACUUUGAUGCUGGGCCGCGUGGUCUUGCGAUCGAGUCUUCCAAGACGAGGCACCUCGCAACGGUACCUCUUUCACGCGCUUCCUUCUCCCCCUCCGCGAAGGGCGAAAACGCGGCGGACAAGGAAGACAGCCUUGAGGUUCACGUUCUACAAGGAUACCCGAUCAGGGCACUGGUGUUCCACACGCUGGGGAAGGAUCUGGAGGCCGCAGGCGAGGCGAUCGAGAAGUGCGUCAGCUUCCUCGUCGAGGAGAACACGCCGCACACCGUUGUCUUCAGCACGGGGAGGGUCUUCGUGCUCCCUCGACAGCACCUCGAGGAGCCGCCGUUCGCCGUCGUUCCGGGCUUUCCCGAGGUCUCGGGCGAGGUGAUCGUCACGAGGGAAGAUGACUUCCACACGAUCACCGCCGACCAGAUUUACGAGUGGUGGCGCGACAAGGUGGCGGUCGACUCCGAGCACUUCGACCGCAUUACCGAUGGCUGCCUUGCGUAGUACUUCGUACGUAGUUUAGUCUACGCUUAGCGCUGAAAAACUGAAAUUUUGAUCGGAUCACCAACGGUAGCCUCAAUCAAGGAUUGAAUUAAGCACCGAAGGGGGGGAAGACGAGUGAGAAAACGCGGUUCCAUGGGCACCGGUGGCUGGCAAGAUCAACCUGUCUGACGAACAAAGAUGCUGAGGAAAGUGAAGUAGAGUAGAGUGAGGUGGGUGUGAGUCUAGGGGGGGAGAGACAUUGAUUGGAACGGAUGUUCGAUACCGAUGUGUGGUGGUAAGAGAGAACAUGCACUGGUUGAGUUGACUCUCCGUGUCCCGUUUUUUUGGCUGACUGCUUGCGAAGAGCAGCCGUUGGUUAUCGUAUAGUAUGUAAUUGCGCGAUGUUCCGUUUUGGUACCACCAAACGCUUUGCUUGUUUGGCCUCUGGCAGACUGUUGAAAACACGCAACAACGCAGACGUGCAUGUGAGGCGUGAACUGAACCCCUUGUCUUAGGCAAGCAGUUCAGUGCUCCUCAGUGGUAUUUGUUUAGGCGUUUCUUGAAAUGGUCGCUUGUGGGGCUGCUUUCCGCGUCCGGUAAUCGUCACAGCAUUGAAGUUACCUGUUUUCCACAGUUUUUGUUCGGUGUGGAAUGGUACCGUAGGAAUACGAUGGACCGGAACAGUGAAGGUCGCUGUUGUGUGGGACCUCGGAACCUUAUCCCCUUUCUCGCAUUUUUGGAAAAUCUUGUGUCUUGUGGGGGCUACUUUUCUGGCGGGCCCAGGGAAUGAUAUCGCGGAACGGCUUUCCAGGUAUGUGGUUCGCUUUGACCACGUGCUUGGUGCUUGGUGCUCUGGACCCUGGUCCUGUUGAACCUGAGGGUGAAUUGGGGUUGAGAAUCGCACAUGGGCGACUGAAUUGGCCACGGCCCGACCGUCCACGGUCAGCCAUGUGCGUGUGGGACGAGACGAGCAGGGGGGUGUUCAAAUAUGAUCGUUGCAGGCCAUAUCAAUGCUUGGCACACAUGGUAUUUUGCCCCAGCCUGUCAUGUCAUCGAGAGAACGAGUGUUAUGGCGGUUUCAUCGUCAAACCAGCUUGUGCGCUGGUUGAAUCAAUAGGGAUAUGUGUUGUCAUUGAUUUUAUUGAUUGGUACUUUCAGGAGAGGCGUACCUUUGACGCCUCCGCCCUCGUGCUGCGUCUGCACGAUCAGAUUGCAUGCUAGAGUUGGCAGGUCAAACGCGGUUUCACGGACUGGUCUCUGCCCCAGGUGUUUUUCCUGAAUCAUUUUCCGCGUCCAUUCCCCAAAGGCAAGCGGAACUAUCGUAAGUGCAUGCGAGCAAGUACACAGAGGGCCGUCCACCUGUCGAUAUUCGUCUCCAUCUCGGCAUCUGCCAAUAAACAACCAGUCUCGAUGUCGACAUCAGCCGAGAAAAUCAGUCAUGGUCUCGACGAAAAACCGUACUCUAGUCUAGACCCCUCUCUCGCCUUUGGUUCCGUGGUGGUGUUGGUUGCCUUGUAGUCCUUCUUGGAAAAUCGUGCUGUGGGGGCGUGCGCAAGGUCGCGACUGCGUACCCACGAGUGACCCGGUGGAAGCACGGCUGCUCACCUGCUCAAUUAAACUGUACAAGUAUCAUGUAGCCUGGUUAUUUUCUUUCGUUUGCAAUCGGGUAUUAUCGCGUUUGGAGAUUGUGUUUUGUUAAGUUUUUCUGGGUACACUUGUAUUUUUCGUUGCUUUGAUUCUAAAGAGGUGUACCGCGUGUUUGGGUUGCUGGACUGUGACCACAGAAGGAGCACGUGCUAGUAAGACCAGUACGGAUGUUUCAAGGUUCUGACCGGAGACUGGAACGGUGUUUUAUGUGAAGACAACC